ACUCGUUGUUCAGUCGACGGUGUCAAGGGCUAAACAGCUCGCACGCUGUACCAGGCAAUCUUUACUACAAAGAGUGUCAAACAAGGAUUUACCACAUCUAUCGUUUUUAUACGAUCCUCAGGAUAUAAUCUACGGAAUUAUCUGUUUUUCCUGCAAAUUGUCUCUCCAUAAAUACAUAUUGAGAGGGAUCCUCAACUAAUCAUCGCUUUGGCAGGUUUGGGAGACUUUGUUCGGCGCGAGAGACACCACGAGGACACGACUGGUUGAGAGGAUUGUUGGACCUGUGGGUAGGCAGGCAGACAGACAGGCGAGGACGAGACGGUCAUUCACUUGAUCUAACCCUGGUCGCCAGACAACACAUACCAGCAUCACCAUGCCGUCCAGGAGGAAAUGUGCUCAUACCACCAAGAUUGAGCGAGUUCCAAGCUACUCCGUCUACCAUGGCGAGGAAGACUUGGACGACAGGCUCAGCAGUGAUGGGACCCUCGAUCUGAGCAUGAAGAAAAUCAAAAUGGAGCCACCCGAUGAGGAUAACGAUGUGGGGAAUAGCGACGAGGGAAUAAACUCAGAAAACAUGAGUAGCGUGGUUGGGGAAGAGGAGCUGUCAAACGAUAAUGCGCCCCCUAGUGAUGAAUGUGAAGCAGAUCGGCAAACUGGAGCAGACGACAUGAGCGUGAACAAACGAGGAAGUCAUUCAAGCAAUCAAGCCUCAGUUAUUGAGGGCAACGCUGAGGAGCAGAUCGUCAUAGACUCUAACGGACAGCCACUAAGCCCAGUCGCAGGUCUACCGCUUUUCCCUCAAUCGUCCAAAGGAAAAUCUGCUCGGCCAUUCAAAAUUUAUACUUCAAAUCGUGAUCUUCUUUCUGGAAUAACAACUCAAGGAGCUCCUUCUCUUGCGACUUAUUCCGUUCCCUUAGCUCUGACAGCCGUGCCGGGAGCAGCGCCCCUUGCCUUCGCCUCCCUGCCCUUAGUAUCAGGCGUACCAAUGAUCCCAUGUACAUCUCCUUCUUCUACUACCUCGGCUGCCUCGUCGAUUGUUUCGACGGGCGCUGGUUCGACACCAUCGUGCACCUCAUCUACCUCCUCUACUACCACCACCGUGGGUGCAAAAACUACCUCGUCGACCACCGAUGCUCAUCUGAUGACGCUGGCGACAGAAGCAGACAAGAUCCUAAGGGAGAGGCAUGCCUCGGAGGAAUCGUCCACGGGUGCUGGCUCAGACAUGGAGGCGAACACCGUCGACAAUUACAGCAGCAGCGGCUUGGAAGACAAUGCACUGCUUGCUGGGGAAGUUCUCAGAAUUCCUACUCUGGCUGGGAAGGCGAUGGACAUGGACGUGGACCCCCUAACUUUCAGUUUCAUUCAGAAGCGAGCCGUUGAAGCCCACCAGUCCGUCGCGAACCCACCAAAAAACAAGAAAAAGCGGAUGACUCUCCCUGAGACGCUGAAAGACAUUUCAUACUGGGAGCGGAGAAGGAAAAAUAACGAGGCUGCGAAGCGAUCCCGUGAUGCACGUCGGGCGAAGGAGGACCAAAUCGCCAUCAGGGCUGCCCUGCUUGAACAAGAAAAUAUUCGCCUCAAAAUCGAAGUCUCGGCUCUCAAAGAAGAAACCGUUAAACUUCGAUCUAUGCUCUACGCAAACAACAACAGUUAAACACUUUGUAUAUUAUAGUUGUGCUUCUUCGCUGCAUAUUCAUGACUGUUCAUCCUCCUGUAAACUAGCCAUCCUUCAGCUUUGGUUCAAGAAAGAUCGAGUCAUGAACUAAAUGGAAAUUUCACGAUCACAUUCGAGCGAACAUUAAAUUGAUUCAUUCUUUGUUGGGACAUUUUUAUCAAUGCUGCAUUUGUUUUGUUUUUUCUAAAUCAAUUGAACCCGCUCUUGGAAAAAUUUAUUGCUACACAUUUUUCAGAAUUUUACCCCAAUGGUGUGAGGCAGGUGACAAUGUGUUGACAUUUUUAAAAAUCGCAACCAAAGUCUAAAUUUCUGAAUUUAUACUGCACCAUGUGUUUCGAUAUCAACGAUAUAAGUAAGCGUGAUGAUGUGAAACGUUUUUGUAUUUUGUAAAUAGUACAAACUAUUGCCUUAACUUGCUCUCUUAUGUGUAGUACUGGCACAAGAGCCAGGCUAGAUGUAGACAGAGCUAGAGGGAGAUACUCCUUGAAUCAUGUAAUAUUGCUGCAAACAUUGCUCGUGUUAACGUCUCUUUAGCAACGUUUAUUAUUUGCAUGAUAGUUUAGGGCUUCAUCUAGUUCAGUUGGUUUGCUAGCUUACCGACUGAACUCUUUUAUUGGCAUUUUCAUUUGCUAUUUUCUAUGCUACUGUUAUUGUCAUCAUUGUUGUCAUUGUGAAUAAUAACAUUUUUCUCAUCUUUAUUCCGCGAUGUUCUCCAAGAACUUCAUCAUGUAUUUACUUGUGCAUCUGUAAAUAUCUAUUUUUAUUAGCUCAUUGUCAACUCCAUGUCAUCGUACAAAUUCCUUGAGUUCUUAGAACAUUAAGGAUUGUAGAGUAAUGCAGUUUUGCGUUAACGUUUGCUUGGCUUCCAUCAUAUGUCUGUCUUAUUGGUUACAUAACUGCAUUAUUUAUCUCAUAUUUCGUUUUUUACUCCUAUUUAUUUGGAAUACUAUGAAAUGGCCUAGCAAAUUGAACAAUUCAAAGAUAUUACGUCCAUAAUAUUAUUCAAGUCACUAUUAUGUACUUUGAAAGAUCCGUUUUGGUAACUGAGAAAUCAGAAUAUAAUGCUACAUUGUACCCCAGAAAUGUUUAAUUAUUUUUUGAUAAUAUUUCAUUUUUACUUGGUUAAAUGAUUUGACAAGGUAAAUUAUUUUUAACAAUUUCAAACAAUAAUAUUGUAUGUAUACAGCUGCAAUUUUUCAA